UGUCCGUCUGACCAACUAGUGUAACGUCAUCUCAUGGUGCCCCUCAACCAGUAAACAAUUUCGCUGUCGCGAUGGAUUCAAACAAGGACGAAGCUGAACGCUGCAUAGAAAUUUCAAUCGCAGCAUUGAAGAAUAAUGAUCCAGAUAAGGCUCAGAGGUUUCUUGAAAAGGCACAGAGACUGUUUCCAACCAACAAAGCUCAAUCUUUACUUGAAACAAUCGAACAGAAUGGUAAACCUCCCAGCGAGGAGAACAGCUGUGGGGACAAUGGUGAGACGGGUGUGAGACACAGGAGCCAAGCAGCAGAGGCAAACACUUCAGGGGAAAGUGCCACAGACUCGGCCAAACCGUACACUUCAGAACAGCUUGAUGCUGUCAAAAGAAUAAAGAAAUGUAAAAGUUACUACGAGAUUCUUGGACUAAGCAAAGAUGCUUCAGAAGAUGAUCUAAAGAAAGCAUACCGAAAACUUGCCUUGAAAUUCCAUCCAGACAAGAAUCAUGCACCAGGUGCCACCGAGGCUUUUAAAGCCAUUGGGACCGCUUAUGCGGUACUCAGUAAUGCAGAGAAAAGGAAGCAGUAUGACUUGUAUGGAGAGGAGAAAGCACAUCCAUCCAGACAGGGACAUUCACAUUCACAUCAAGGCUUUGAAGCAGACAUUUCUCCUGAGGACCUUUUCAAUAUGUUCUUUGGAGGUGGCUUUCCGUCAAGUAAUGUUCAUGUUUAUAGCAAUGGAAGGAUGCGCUAUGGCAACCAAUUCCGAGGAGACCGAAGGGAGCAGCAGAGAGAGGGAGGCCUGGCCAUGUUUGUUCAGCUGAUGCCUAUCCUCAUCCUCAUCAUCUUCUCUACUCUCAGUCAAAUGAUGGUUUCAGAUCCUCCUUACAGCCUCAGUCACCGCCCGUCAGUGGGGCAUAUACACAGGAGACAGACCGGCACACUGAAGGUGCCUUACUAUGUGAAUGACCAGUUUACAGAGGAAUACUCUGGAAAGAACCUUAAGACUAUUGAGAGGAGUGUAGACGAAGAUUACAUCUCGAACUUAAGGAACAACUGCUGGAAGGAGAAACAACACAAGGAGGGCCUUCUCUAUCGAGCACGCUACUUUGGAGACUCGGACCUGUACCAAAGGGCCCAGAAGAUUGGCACUCCCAGUUGUUCAAAGCUCUCAGACAUUCAGGUUUUGCUCCAUGGGUAGACACUGCCUACAGACAUAAAGAUUGAUUCUAUUUCCCAACAUCUGAGUUGACUGAAUUAAGGUAACACCUUGUUUUGUACAAGCCUUCAGUAAGAGGUCGAAGCAGUUCCCAGAAAUCAUUCACUUGAGGUGAUGCUCAUGAGACAAUGGGCACGGUCAGCCCUUGCUCCAAUCAGACGGGGACAACCCGACUGAGAGGAUAUCGGUCAAAUUCAGAAAUGGACAAACUGCUUCUUUUUUUUUUUUUUUAAAGAACUAUACUUUGCUGAAGAGAUCUACAGUAGAAGACUGCAUAAUAGGCAUCUGUCAUCUGGGAUGGUAGACAAGGCUGCUUAAAAAAAAAGUGUUUUAAUAUUACCACUCCUCACUUGAAAAUGUAGUAGAUUUUCUUCAAACCGCAAUGCCUUCUGGGACAGUGGAGCCAACUGAAAUUGUAUGAUUUUUAUAGGUACCUGUAUGUGCACAGAAUGUGGACUCUGCAGGGACACAAAUAAUUAAAUUAUUAAUCAUAUGUCAUGUCUUGUUAAAUGGUUCCCCUAUGAACAUCGUUCUAGCUAGCUGAAUUUGGAAAUGAUUGCUGAAAUGAAAAUCUGUAUUUAUUAAAGCUUAAUCAUCUUAAUUUGUGUUAAUUCAGUCUGUUUUGAGUUUCAUGAGUAUAAUCAUGUGAUGCCAAUCCAUGAGGAAUUCUGCACAAAGUUUGCUUUAAAAUGCAUUUUAUAAAAUACAUUUUUGUAUUAAUGGAAUUGAUGAUUUAUUACUUUUACAUGUAUGGUUUUAGCAUAACCAGCUAUGAGCAAAUAAAGAGAACGUGUUUGGGAUGUGUCCA